AUGUACGACGUGAUUGUGGUUGGUGCCGGAGUGGUCGGGCCAUGUAUUGCCACAGUGAUGGCCAGACAAGGCCGCAAGGUUCUGAUUGCCGAGCGUGAAUGGACAAAGCCAAACAGGAUUGUCGGAGAGCUGUUGCAACCGGCAGGUGUGAAAGCACUCAAGCAACUCGGUAUGAUUGGUGCCAUAAACAAUAUAGACGCAAUCCAGGUUGAUGGAUACUAUGUUUCGUACUAUGGCCGCCAUGUGGAGAUCAAAUACCCCGACAAGAGCGUCCUCGCUGAGAUCGACACCGAGCCCGUGCCCGGCGCUUUGAAGCUUGGAAAUGAGGAUAAGCUGGACACAGACAGCACUUUGAACAUGUCUGAAUGGGAUCGUUCGCCCACAGUCCAUGGAGUGGCCUUCCACCACGGAGACUUCCUCAUGAACCUACGGGGGCUGUGCUUGGCAGAGCCGAACGUGACCAAAGUGGAGGGCAACGUCACAGACCUUAUCCGCGAAGACGACAGGGUCGUUGGUGUGAAGGUGGCCGGCAAAGACGAGUACCGUGCCAAGCUGGUGAUAUGUUGCGACGGAAUCUACUCAAAAUUCAGAAAAGAGCUCUACCAGGACAAACAGCCGGAAGUCGGGUCGUAUUUCGUGGGGUUGGACCUUGAAGACGCCGAGCUGCCUCUCAAGAACCACGGCCAUGUGAUACUCGGCAAACACGCCCCUAUCCUGGUAUACCAAAUCAGCCCCCGUCACACACGGAUUCUGUGUGCAUACCGCAGCCCCCAGCUACCAAAGCAGAAGGAGGUUCUUGAGUAUCUGAGAUCGCAGGUCCUUGUGUCUUUGCCGGAGAAACUGAAACCAUCAUUUGAGAAAGCUUUGAGCGCAGAACAGAACGUGUACAAAAGCAUGCCAAACCAGUAUUUGACUGCCAAGCCAAAUACGGUUCCUGGCCUGAUCUAUGUCGGAGAUUCGCUCAACAUGAGACAUCCACUGACAGGUGGGGGUAUGACCGUUGGCCUGAACGAUGCUGUUCUGCUGUGCAAGCUGUUGGCAGACGUUUCCAGCGACGAUUUCCUGGAUGAGGGUGUCAUGCUAGAAAAAAUGCUCACCUUCCAUGGUGAACGCAAACCACUGGAUGCAGUCAUCAACACUCUUUCUAUUGCGCUCUACACAUUGUUUGCAGCGGAAUCCAAAUACCUUGAGCUUCUGCAACGGGGCUGCUUCGCAUAUUUCCAGCGUGGAGGCGACUGUAUCUCGGGCCCUGUGGGGCUCUUAUCCGGCAUGCUGCAAUCGCCUGGUCUGCUGUUCUAUCAUUUCUUCCGCGUCGCGUUCUACAGCUGCUAUCUCAACUUCUGUGACAAGGGCUUUCUACAAAGCCCGCUUGCGCUUUGGGAAAAUAUCUGCACCCUGUCUAUUGCCGCAUGUGUGCUGCUGCCCUAUCUGAUUAAAGAAUUAAUGUAG